AAUCUACUAGAAGUCUACUUAACACAGUCUCGCCGCUUUUGUUCUCUCUAGAAGAGAGAAGAGAAAACCGAUAGAAAAGCUACCGAUCCACAAGAGAAAAUGGACGCCGCGAAGCUAAAUCAGUUGAAGCAAUUCGUCGAGCAGGUGAAGUCCAAUCCCUCCAUUCUCACCGACCCUUCCCUCUCCUUCUUCCGCGACUAUCUCGAAAGCCUCGGCGCCCAGCUCCCUCCCUCUCCGUACGAGCAUGGCGACUCCAAAUCCGGGAGCUUCGUGGUGGAGGAGAGCGACGAUGACAUGGCUGACAUGGAUGGCGGGAAGGGAAAUGCGGACGAGGAAGUAGAAGAGGACGAGAUAGUUGAGUCGGAUAUCGAGCUCGAGGGGGAGACUGUGGAGCCUGAUAGUGAUCCUCCGCAGAAGAUGGGAGAUCCGUCGGUCGAGGUCACCGAAGAGAGCCGUGAUGCCGCCCAGGCUGCUAAGGCCAAAGCCGUUGAAGCCAUUUCUGAAGGCAAUUUAGAGGAGGCGAUUGAGAAUCUCACGGAGGCGAUUUUGCUCAAUCCGACGUCGGCCAUUAUGUAUGGGACCAGAGCUAGUGUUUAUAUCAAGAUGAAGAAACCAAAUGCGGCUAUUCGUGACGCCAAUGCAGCUUUGGAGAUUAACCCAGAUUCUGCUAAAGGCUACAAGUCUCGUGGCAUGGCAAAAGCAAUGCUUGGUCACUGGGAAGAGGCUGCAAAGGAUCUUCACCUGGCAUCAACGCUAGACUAUGAUGAGGAAAUCAAAGCUGUUCUUAAGGAGGUGGAACCAAAUGCACACAGGAUUGAGGAACACCGCCGGAAGUAUGAAAGGUUGCACAAGGAAAGAGAGGAGAGAAAAAUUGAGCGUGAAAGACAACGUCGCCGUGCAGAAGCUCAGGCUGCAUACGAGAAGGCCAAGAAGCAAGAGGAGUCAUCUUCCAGUAAGAAACCUGGAGGCUUCCCGGGAGGUAUGCCUGGAGGCUUCCCUGGAGGUAUGCCUGGAGGCUUCCCUGGAGGUAUGCCUGGAGGCAUGCCUGGAGGUAUGCCGGGGGGUAUGCCUGGAGGUAUGCCGGGAGGUAUGCCUGGAGGUAUGCCGGGUUUCCCUGGUAGCAUGCCAGGAGGGGUUCCUGGAAAUGUUGAUUUUGGCAAAAUAUUGAAGGACCCUGAACUGAUGGCGGCAUUUAGUGAUCCAGAAGUCAUGGCUGCUCUUCAAGAUGUAAUGAAGAACCCUGCUAAUCUUUCGAAGCAUCAAGGAAAUCCCAAGGUGGCUCCCGUAAUUGCAAAGAUGAUGAGCGAAUUUGCAGGACCUAAGUAGUAAACUGUUUCAAUAUUAAAAUCGUGUUUGUGGGAGAUCAACUUGGUGUAAGUUAUGGCAGGCAGGAUCCUCUAUGUUACAUUGGGGUGAUUUUGUCAGUUUCAACAUCCAAAACCAUGGUGGUGGUGUGAGCAACGAUACCUGUUUAUUUCAGAUUUGAAAAAUGGUUUAAUAGAAUGGUGGCUUGAUAUGA